CUUCAUCCCCAUCCUCCUCUCUACUUAUUCCAUUGUUUCCACACUUAAGAAUUUCGAUUAGGGUUUACGUCUCUUCUCAUUUAUCUCCCUUUCUCAGUAGCGAUUCCUUUAAAGAAAAAGAAUCGAAGAGGAAUCGCGCGCGCGAGGCGAUGUGCAGUACAAGAACGAGUCAAAGGGUGGAAAUCCCGCCCCCACAACCGUUCUUGAGAUCUCUGAAGAAAACCCUAAUGGAGAUUCUCUUCCCCGACGAUCCAUUCCGGCAGUUCAAGAACGAGAAACCUUCCAGAAAGUUGGUAUUAGGGCUGCGAUACGUUUUCCCGAUACUCGAAUGGGCUUCCAGUUACAGUUGGGAGUUCCUGAAAUCCGACGCCAUCGCAGGAAUCACCAUUGCAAGCCUCGCCAUCCCUCAAGGCAUCAGCUACGCCAAGCUCGCCAACUUGCCCCCCAUUCUCGGCCUUUACUCGAGUUUCGUGCCGCCAUUGGUGUAUGCAGUGAUGGGGAGUUCGAGAGAUGUGGCGGUGGGGACGGUGGCGGUGGCGUCGCUGUUGACCGCUGCGAUGUUGGGGAAAGAAGUCAACGCCGCCGUGGAUCCUCGGCUUUACCUUCACCUAGCUUUCACCGCCACUUUCUUCGCCGGCGUUUUGCAAACCUCCCUCGGCCUCCUCCGGUUAGGGUUUGUGGUGGACAUGUUAUCGCACGCGUCGAUAGUAGGGUUCAUGGGAGGAGCUGCGACGGUGGUUUGCAUGCAGCAGCUCAAAGGCAUCCUCGGACUCGUCCACUUCACUCGCUCCACCGACCUCGUCUCUGUCUUCCGCUCCAUCUUCUCUCAGUUCCAUCUCUGGAGAUGGGAGAGUGGAGUGUUAGGCUGCUGCUUCCUCUUCUUCCUUCUUACCACCAAAUUCUUUAGCAAGAAGAGACCAAAGUUCUUCUGGGUAGCAGCAAUGGCCCCUCUCGCCUCCGUCAUAAUGGGAAGCCUUUUGGUUUACUUCACACAUGCUCAGCGCCACGGCGUCCAAGUUAUAGGAGAGCUGAAGAAGGGGAUAAACCCGCCAUCCAUCUCGGGUCUCCUCUUCACACCGCCUUACAUGAUGUUAGCCCUAAAAACAGGCAUCAUAACCGGAGUCAUUGCUCUCGCCGAAGGCAUAGCAGUGGGAAGAAGCUUUGCAAUGUUCAAGAAUUACCACAUUGAUGGAAACAAAGAGAUGAUUGCCUUUGGGAUGAUGAACAUUGCUGGUUCCUUCACCUCUUGCUACCUCACUACCGGGCCGUUUUCGAGGUCUGCGGUGAACUACAAUGCGGGAUGCAAGACAGCGAUGUCGAACGUAGUGAUGGCAGUGGCGGUGGCAGUGACGCUUAUGUUUCUGACGCCCUUGUUCUUCUACACUCCCUUGGUAGUUUUGUCUUCCAUCAUAAUAUCGGCAAUGCUCGGACUCGUCGACUACGAAGCUGCACUCCAUCUCUGGCAGCUCGACAAAUUCGAUUUCCUCGUCUGCAUCUCCGCCUACCUCGGAGUUGUCUUUGGCAGCGUUGAGAUCGGCCUCCUCCUCGCUGUAGGGAUAUCGUUGCUGAGGUUAAUGUUGUCGGUGGCGAGACCGAAGACUUGCGUUCUCGGGAAUAUUAGGGACACGCAGAUAUAUAGGAACAUGGAACAGUACCCGAAUGCAGGGAGCGUGCCUGGCCUUCUCAUUCUCCGAAUCGAUGCUCCGAUCUACUUUGCUAAUGCUAGCUACUUGAGGGAAAGAAUUGGGAGAUGGAUCGAGGAAGAAGAGGAUAGAGUGAAAUCAUCCGGAGACAUCAGCCUCCAAUACAUUAUACUUGACAUGAGUGCUGUUGGGAACAUAGACACAAGCGGUCUGAGCAUGCUUGAAGAGGUCAACAAAGUUGUGGAGCGAAGGGGGCUCAAGAUGGGGAUUUCAAACCCUGGUGCGGAAGUGAUGAAGAAACUCGACAAGUCCAAGUUCGUGGAGGCGAUAGGGAGAGAGUGGAUUUAUGUGACGGUGGGAGAAGCUGUUGGGGCGUGUGGUUACAUGCUUCACACCGCCAAACCCAAUUCCAUCAAUAAAAAUUUUGCAACGCCCCAUGAUAUUAACAACGUCUAAUUAACACGAUCUCUGUUUCAUUGGUAUCGUAUGUGGAAGAAGAUAAAUCACUCUCUCUCGUUUUUUUUUUAUUAUAAAAUUGUUGGGAUGUAAUGAUAGAAUGUAAUAUCUGUCAAAUUAAUAAUUAAAUUUCUCGCAAUAAAUUUGUAAUUUUUUUUAUAAUUUGGAAGGUCACCGAAUCUUUGUCUCAA